UGUGGUUGGGGGGGGUGAUGAUGGGCUCUGACGUGGGUGCGGGGGGGACCCAGAGAGCUGGGUCCCCGGGAGAGGCUGUAAAAGACUCGGGGUGCAGCCCCCCCGCCCCCCCGCAAUGGCUCAUCAUGGUGCUGUGGAUGUGAGGUCGAGCAGGCGGGGACCCACCGGGACCGCCCCCCCCCCCCCCCCCCCAAGCCACCGCAGCCUCCCUGGGGUGUGGGGGGGCACCUCUGACACGUCUUUCUCUCCUUGUCCCCCUCCAGCAUCCGAGUGGCCCCCCCAAAACGCCAGCGAGGCCGAGGGGAGAGGCUGGGAGGGCUCCCUGGAGAGCAGCCCCCCGCGGUGGGACCCGGCGAGCAGAGACCCCCCGGGGGGGCCCAGCAACAGCACCAGCCCCGGGGGGGCGGCGGGGGGCGGCCAGCCCCCGGCGGGACCCCAGUUAGAGCCCCCCGGGGGGGUCACGGCUGGCACCACGGACCCGGCGGCGCUGGCGGAGGGGUGCACGGGGUGCACCGGGGAGGGCGACGCCAGCGCUCUGCCCCCCAAAACCGCCUCGGCGGGGGGGGGGACGCGGCCAGGCAGCGUGACCUGGCCCGGGGAGGGGGGGGCGGUGGCACUCGGUAGCCCCGAGGAGCCGGGGAGCGGCGAGCGGCCCACGCAAACCUCCCUGGCCAAGCCGGGGGUUUUGGGGGGGCUCACGGCCGCCCCGGCGAGCCCCCCGGGCCGGCAGCUCGCCACCCCCUCGGCCGAAGCUGACCUGCUGCUGGCGGCCGGGGGCUCGGCCGCGCCGCGGACCCCCGUGCCGGGUGACCCCAGCCCCGUGCCCGGCGCCGGGGGGGACUCGGGGCGCCCCCCGGAGCUCUGGGUGGCCGCAUCCAGCCCGGCCCCGGCGCAGGGGGCUCACGGCCGGACGGAUCUGACCUGGCUGGAGGCGGAGGAGCCCGUCACCGCUGCCUCGGGCCCGGCCGAGCCGCCGGCCGACCGGACGGCCUCGGAGAUCAUCGAUGUUGACUAUUACGACCUGUUUGAGGGGGGAGAGGGACUGGGGGGGUUCCCCGGGGGUGGCCGGGGGGGCGCCGGCUCGGCGCGGCGGCGGGAGCCGGAGGGGGCGGCCACGCCGUGGGCCCUCCACGAGCUCUACGACGACUUCACGCCUUUCGACGAAGCCGAUUUCUACCCCACCACCUCCUUCUACGCCGACGGCGACGAGGAGGACGAGCUGGAGGAGGAGGAGGAGGAGGAGGAGGAGGAGGAAGAGGAGGAAGAUGGGCUGGAGGACGAGAACAGCUACCGGCCACCCGCUUUCGGCCGUGCCCGGUGCCCAGCCAGUGCCACGGGACCCCCGACCCACCGGCCGCCGCGACACGGCCCUGGCGCAGCCCUCCGGGUGGCGGGGGGCAGCCCCACGGCGCGGCCGCGGCCGGGGGAGCGGGGCCCCCCGGAAAACGGCACCGAGUGCCGGAGCGGUUACGUGCGGCACAACAGCUCCUGCCGCUCCGUCUGCGACCUCGUCCCCAGCUACUGCCACAACGGCGGCCAGUGCUACCUGGUGGAGAGCCACGGGGCCUUCUGCCGGUGCAACACGCAGGACUACACGUGGCACAAGGGCACGCGCUGCGAGGCCAUCGUCACCGACUUCCAGGUGAUGUGCGUGGCCGUGGGCUCGGCCGCCCUCGUGGUGCUGCUGCUCUUCAUGCUCACCGUCUUCUUCGCCAAGAAGCUCUACCUGCUCAAGACGGAGAACAGCAAACUGCGCAAGACCAAAUACCGCACCCCGUCCGAGCUGCACAACGACAACUUCUCCCUCUCCACCAUCGCCGAGGGCUCCCACCCAAACGAUGAGCCCAGCGCUCCCCACAAGCUGCAGGAUUCCCUGAAAUCCUGCCUGAAGGACGAGGAGCCGUUUAACAUCCACAACUCAACGUCGCCCAAGCACGACGGCGGCGGCAAAGGGGAGCAGGACGGCGGCGAGCUCAACUCUCUGCAGAACAACCUGACGUGAGCAGGGGAGGAGGAGGAGGAGGAGGAGGAGGAGGAGGAAGCACGAGCAGGAGCCCUCCCGUCCCCUGCGGUACAAAUCUCCUGUCUCCAGCCAGUAUCUCUUUUUCCCCACUCCGUGGCAUGCUUUGGUGUGUUUUGUACAGAGGAAAACAAACAAAAUUAAUUCUUCUUCAUAAUAAUAAUAAUAUUAAUAAUAAUAAUAAUAAUACAAAGCCAAAGGCUGUAACUGGUCUUUGGCCGCGUCGUGUCGUGGGGGUGUUUGGUUUGUGCUCCGUGUCUAUCGCUUGGGUUAGUUCAGCGCUGUGAUUUCUAAACCUUUGCCGUUCCGCAACUGACUUUUUUUUGUACUUUUACCCCACUUUUUUUGAAAUACGAGUAAAACCAACAACAGCAACAACAACAA